AUGGAAGUUGCGUCUUGUUGUUUGGGACCUUUUGAGUGGGAUGGCAAAUCUACAGGCCGGACUGAUAAACUUGCUGGCAAAGGCGCCUACACCACUAGCGAUAAUCCUGACGUGGCCAUUCUCCUCGUCCAUGACCUACUCGGCUGGACCUUUUCCAAUGCACGUCUUCUCGCAGAUCAUUACGCCCACGAGGCCAAUGCUGCAGUAUACGUCCCCGACUUCUUCGGUGGCUGGGUCGUCGAUUUUGAGCCCGUCCCUGCCGGUCGAUUUCAUGAAAUUGACCUGGAAGACUUCCACAAAAGCAAUGGUCGCAAGAUUCGAGAGUCUGAGAUCUUCAACUUCACAAGAGCACUGCGGAAAAACAUAAUAAGGUCGCAGCCGCGGAGUCCUGCUAUGGAAGGUGGGCUGUGUUUCGACUAG